UCCUUAUCGAGUUUUCAUAACCAAAAAGGUAGGUCGAGUCAAUUCCCUUGAAACCAAAAACGACGCCUUUUCACCUUGACCUGGCCUCCUCUACCACCGCUCCCUCGCGAUUCCACCUCAAGAGGCUUCUUCAGAUGAAUUUUAACAUGGGAGCUACUGCAAUGGACACUUCUUCUAGAGGGGAGAUGGCAACAUGUGGGGGAGAUGUAAUUAUAGAACCUCAUGAGGGUAUGGAGUUUGAAUCUGAAGAUGCUGCUAAGAUAUUCUAUGAUGAAUAUGCACGACGUGUAGGCUUUGUCAUGCGUGUGAUGUCUUGUCGUCGUUCUGAAAGAGAUGGUAGGGUUCUUGCCCGACGAUUGGGAUGUAAUAAAGAGGGUUAUUGUGUUAGCAUUCGAGGUAAAUUUGGCCCAGUGAGGAAGCCUCGUUCAAGCACAAGAGAAGGUUGUAAGGCUAUGAUUCAUGUUAAGUUUGAUAAGUCCGGAAAAUGGCUGAUAACAAAAUUUGUAAAGGACCAUAAUCAUCCUCUUGUGGUGGCUCCACGUGAAGCUCGUCAAACCAUGGACGAGAAGGAUAAGAAAAUUCAGGAGUUAACCGCAGAGCUAAGGAAUAAGAAGCGGUUAUGUUCAGCAUAUCAAGAACAGCUAACUGCAUUUAUGAGAAUGGUUGAAGGGCAUAGCGACCAGUUAUCCAGGAAAGUAGAAAAUGUAGUCAACAACCUUAAGGAAUUUGAGUCUGUAGACCAGUUGCUUUUGCACCGUAGUUAGUCUCAGCAGUGGCAAUGAGCAAAUGUGUGCCAUUCCUU